AAAGAGUCACGUCGCCGAGUUGUAGGGUGCAGUCAGAGGCUAUGAGCAGCAACGAGUGUUUUGGUUGCGGCCGCACUGGCCACUGGAUCAAGAACUGUCCGAAUGCUGGCCGUGGCCGGGGAAAGGGCCGUGGCAGAGGGAAAGAUCUUUUCUGCUAUCGCUGUGGAGAACCAGGCCACGUUGCGAGGGACUGUGAGAGGACCGAGGAUGCGUGCUACAACUGCGGCAGGGGCGGCCACAUCUCCAGGGACUGCAAGGAGCCCAAGAAGGAGCGCGAGCAGGUCUGCUACAACUGCGGCAAAGCCGGCCACAUGGCCCGCGACUGCGACCACGCCAACGAGCAGAAGUGCUACUCCUGCGGCGGCUUCGGACACAUCCAGAAGGGCUGUGAGAAAGUCAAGUGCUACAGGUGCGGAGAGAUCGGCCACGUCGCCGUACAGUGCAGCAAGGCCAGCGAAGUCAACUGCUACAACUGCGGAAAAUCUGGCCACGUGGCGAAAGAAUGCACCAUCGAGGCCACCGCUUAGUCCCGUCUC